AUGGGAGCAGGCUGUUGCACAAGUUUAUCACGCCCAAAAACACAAAAACCCCUCCCCAGUAGCACAGCUCCAGGCAAAUCAGAUGUUGAAGCAGCGCUUGACCGUCUGGCUAAGACUGCUUCUAAUCCAAAUACAGAUAAUCAUGAAUAUCAAGUGCAUCCGCUCCAAAAGAUUUUUGACACCAAGGAAUGCGAAAUGAAUCGUAAACUGAUCGGCCUUUAUACAAAAGCAAUUUAUGAACAAAAACUUGGAAUUGACCAAAUUAAUUUAAGUUUUUCAAACUUACUCAAUUUAAAUUUUAAUUUUUUAUAAUGUUUAUUGUAAACUUAAAUAAAAAAUCAAUAAAUUUAUUUUUACAAAGUUAGGGACUACAGGGGCCCAGCAUUUAAGCCACUUGCUGCCUUUUGCCGGCAGAGUAAGAAUCCUAAAGCUUUGGAAAACCCAGCUUGGGGCUGCAGGAGUUAAAAUUUUGUCCACCGCACUGCCUUUACUGAAAGGUCUUCAGAUCCUUUCAUUAGAAGAUAAUGCUAUGAAAACAGAAGGAUGCUGCUACUUAGCCCAAGCUUUAUACGAAAUGACAUCACUUGAAGAAUUAUGGCUUCACAUCAACGCAAUUGGACCUGAAGGAGCUGCAUUUAUUGGAAAAGCAUUAAAAAAUGUAAAAUCAUUAAAAAAAUUAGGCCUGGACGAAAAUGAUAUCCAAAACAAAGGUCUAAUUGACCUUUCAGGAUGCUUAAAAGAGAUGCAAAAUCUUGAAGUUUUGGGGAUGGCAUUUAAUUUUAUUACAGGCGAUAGUCAAAACGAGUUUAUCGAUGCACUGAAAGGCAAGAAAAUGGUUGUAAAUUUGACUGGAAACCAUAUAGAUGAGGACAUUAGAGCAAAGUUUAUUAAUGAGCUACCACAAGUUACGAUAACUUAUUAG